GACGUGUCACCAUCAGGGCCAGUCACCGUCGCAAGACUGGUAUAAAUACCCACCGAACCCUGUUAGGGCAUACAGUCGAACAGACAGCCUCAACCAUGAACAAGUGGAUCGCUCUGGCGCUGCUGGCCUGUGUGGCCGCCGUCUGUGCCGAGGAGACCCCGGCCGCCGAAAACCAGGACCUCGAGCAGGAGGAGUCCAUCGUUCACGGCUACGGCCUUGGAGGCUACGGAGGCUAUGGCUACGGCCGUGGUUACGGAGGGUACGGCUAUGGUCGUGGCUACGGAGGGUACGGCUAUGGUCGCGGCUACGGAGGCUACGGCGGCUACGGCCUUGUAGGCUACGGAUACGGCCGUGGUUACGGAGGCUAUGGCGGUUACGGAUAUGGCCGCGGUUACGGCUAUGGCGGCUACGGCCUUGGAGGCUAUGGCGGAUACGGCUACGGCCGUGGUUAUGGAGGCUAUGGCGGAUACGGCUAUGGUCGUGGCUACGGCUAUGGUGGCUAUGGCUAUGGCGGCUACGGAUAUCACUAAAUCUGAAGUUGGCUGAUGGCGGCGGCGCACAUAUGCUGUUCAAGGAUCCGACCUCAGGAACAUUAUUUGCGACACGGAGGAACCCUGCACAACGCCAGAGUGCUGCUUUCGCUAUAUCGAUUAUACAGCUUUAAUUAGAGUUAGCUAUUCAAUGCAAGGUUUUGAUGAUUGUUAUUACGUGAAAACGGGCUUAAUCAUCGUUAGUGAUGAUUUGACAGUAUUACCAGCACAGCUCAUCGUAAAUAAAUGAACUACUAAAAAACCACUGUGUAUCAUAACUGGAU